AUGAAGACUGUUUUGCAAUCAGCGGCCGGUGCCCUCGUGGCCGCCAACCUCGCGGCCGCUGCCGCAGUCGGGGCUGCAUCUUCUUCGUCGGCGCCGCCCACGGUGGUCAUGCCGCUGCACCUGACCUACGGCGGGAACAACAAGAUAGCCACCAGCCUGUCGGUGCCCUACAGCGACAGCAACCAAACCAUCGAGGUCAUCUACGACCUCGGCAGCCCCGACUUUUUCGUCUUUGGCCCAGACUCCAUCAUGAACUGGGGCUGCAGGUUCCUCGCCUGCCAGGGCCCCUGCAACGCCUCGGUCCCGGAGGAGGCCACCUACGACCCGUCCCGCUCCAAGACGGCGUCGGCCCUCUACCCCUUCACCGCCCAGUACGGCUUCGGCGGCGGCCUCAGCAAGCUGUACACGACCGACUACCGCUUCAACGACACGUUGACGUUUGUCGACGCCAAGACGGGCCUGUCGUCGGGCCCCAUCGACGGCGUCAGCGUCGCCCUCUCCCAGUACCUGCAGCAGCGCAUCUAUCAGGCCGACGGCUCGUGCGGCUCGACUCCCGACUACGACUACUCCAUCCUCGGCAUCGCCCCUUACCACCCGGCGGACCCGGACAACAACGUCCAGGCGACGACGGGCCCCUCGUUCCGCCAGAACCUCCUGGAGCAGGGCAAGGUCUCGGCCGCCGUGCAGUCUCUGUGGUUCGAGAAGCCGCCGGCCGGCGUGGCCGACACGUACACGGGCGUGGGCCUCCUCGGCGGCAUCGACACGUCCAAGUACGAGGGCCCCCUGGUCAGGAUCCCGAGGCGGACGCACGCGGACGGGCUGCCCUACAGCUUCAACGAGUACUACACGCACGCGGCCGAGCUCUCGGUCAACGGCGAGGUGCCCAUCGAGAUCCGGCACAACGACACGAGCACCGACAUGAAGCGGUGCAUCAUCGACUCGGGCGCCGUCGCCGACGGCCACAACCCCGUCGACCAGGAGGCCUACUUCAACGCGACGGGCCUGCGCCUGAACCCGAGCCACCCGACCCCCUACCAGGGCAGCCCGCUGUCGUGGCCGGGCCCCUGCGACAGCAUCCCCGCCGACAGGUUCAUCGAGUACAGCUUCAAGGGCGUCAGGGAGGGCGAGUCGGUCGCCGUCAAGGUGCCCAUGCGCUCCUACGCCCGCUACCAGGAGCCCGUCGACGACGCCCGCGGCUGGUGCACCAUGGCCAUCACCCUCAACGUCUGCUCGCUCAACUCGCCUUUCCUGACCGCCGCCUUCUUCGCCGCCGACGACGAGCGGGAGGAGAUGGCCAUCGCGCAGGGUGCCGUCGUGGAGCAGGGAACCUCGGUUGAUCAUUCGAGCGUCGUGCUGAGGAUUCCUUGA